AUGUCAAUUAAAACAAAGAAGUUUUUAUGGUUGAAUUCCGCUAAACAUUAUGCCGGAAAUCAUAAAUUUUGUCCAGAUCCUGAAAAAUGCAAGAUGAUUAAACCAUGGAAAUAUGCAAAAAAUAAAACUGCUAUAAAAACACUUAAAAAAUUCCUCGAAGAUACCGUAAAAAUCUUUGAUAUGGUAAAAAAGAUUCAUUCAACUCAAGUAGUUGAAUCGAUAAACCAUAUCAAAGCAAUGCUUGCUAAUAAAAAUAUUAAUUGGCAUGCUUCUUGGCCAAUUAGGAUGGCAGUCACAAUAUUGCAUUUCAAUGAAAGUAUGUUUGAAACGAUUGUAGCAAUAAGAUACAGGUUAAAUUUACCAACAAUGCCAGAAAUGAUGAACAGAUAUUUCAGAAUGUAUGAUACAACAAAAGAUUUAAUCAAAGCAUUCAAAAAUUCAAAGCAAGUUCAAAAAAAGUUUGCGGCAUUAAGAGCUAUAAAGAGAGGUCUUCAAGCUACCGAUGAUCGUAUUACUCUUAAAUCACAUAAAUAA